AUGGCGGAAGAAAAACCCACUGCCGCUUCGGCCCAUUACCAUGACCCCGAGGCCAACGUCAAACAUGGCACCAUCCAGGCCUUGGUCGAGCGCGAUCUCCUGGACGAACGAUACAAAAUCACCGAGCGAGGACUGAAAAACCGUCAUGUACAGCUGAUGGCGCUGGGUGGCACCAUCGGGACGGGUCUGUUUGUCGGGUCGGGACAGGCGCUCGCCAUCGGUGGUCCUCUGUCGCUGCUGCUCGGGUACGUCUUUAUUUCCGUCCUGGUGUAUGCGCUGGUGACGGGGAUGGCCGAGAUUGGCGCGUAUCUGCCGGUACAUGGAGGGACAAUGAGUUACCAUGGGUUUCGCUAUGUGUCGCGCAGCAUGGGUUUCGCCAUGGGCUAUCUAUACUGGUAUUCGCUGGGGAUCCUGGUGCCGUACGAGAUUGUCGCCGCGUCCAUGGUCAUCGAUUACUGGCACCCCGGCGUGCACAUCGCCGUGUGGAUCUCCAUCAUGCUGGUCAUCAUUGUUCUGCUCAACUUUAUGCCCGUCAAAGCCUACGGCGAGACCGAAUUCUGGUUCGCCGGCAUCAAGAUUAUCACUCUGAUCGGCCUGCUGGUCCUCUCCUUCAUCCUCUUCUGGGGCGGCGGCCCCAACCGCCAACGUCUCGGCUUCCACUACUGGAAGGACCCCGGCCCGAUGAACGAGUAUCUGGUGCACGGUGACGCCGGCCGCUUCGUCGGCCUGCUGCAGUGCAUCGUCAAGAGCGCCAUCGCCUUCAUCUUCGCCCCAGAACUGAUCAUCAUCUCCGGCGGCGAGAUGGAGUCCCCCCGCCGCAACGUCCCCACCGCCGCCCGCCGCUACAUCUACCGACUCGUCUUCUUCUACAUCUUCGGCGCCCUCGCCAUCGGCGUCAUCUGCUCCUCCAAAGCCCAGCAAAUCACCUCUGGCAACGGCGACGCCUCCUCCUCCCCCUGGGUCGUGGCCAUCCACAACGCCGGCAUCCCCGUGCUCGACAGCAUCGUCAACGCCGCCAUUCUGACGUCCGCCUGGUCCGCCGGCAAUUCGUUCCUGUACAUGUCCUCCCGCUCGCUCUACUCCCUCGCCGUCUCCGGCAACGCCCCCAGCGUCUUCAAAGCCUGUAACCGCUGGGGCGUCCCCUACAUGGCCGUCGGCAUCUCCUCUCUUUUCUCCCUGCUCGCCUACCUCGCCGUCGGCAACGGCUCCAACACCGUCUUCAACUGGCUCAUCAACUUCACCAAUACCUCCGGCUUCAUCUCCUGGAUCUGCUGCAGCAUUGUGUACUUCCGGUUCGACAAGGCCUGCAAGGUCCAGGGCAUCGAGAAGCCGUAUACCUCCAAGAUGCAGCCAUACGGGAUGGUUGUUGGCCUUGUUGGUGCGGCCUUCCUCGCGCUGAUUAACGGGUUUACCGUGUUCUUUCCGUCCGAGUGGUCCGCGAGUAAUUUCUUCACGGCGUAUAUCGGCAUUCCGGCUUUCCUGGUGCUGUAUUUCGGUCACAGGUUGAUCUUCUGGGAGGACCCGUGGGCGUGGCGGAGUGAGGAGGUGGAUAUGCAGACUGGGUUGGCGGAGAUUAUUGCCGCGGAGAAGCCGCCGAGGGUUAGGGAUACAUGGUGGAAAAAGAUGCUGGUUAUUGUUGAGUGA